CUUAGCCCAUGGUGUGGUGUGAAGAUAUGGAUCAUGAGCAGAGGCAGGGAGCUGCACUGCUAAGGCUGUUACACCUCCUGUGGCUGCUGCCCUACUCCCGGACCGCCCCUGAAGGGUUUCCUAUGGUCGACGUGUUCACGUUGAAGCCCCUGGAGUUUGGCAAACCCAACAUGCUGGUCUGUUUUAUCAGUAAUCUCUUCCCACCCACAUUGACGGUGAACUGGUGGCAUCACUUGGACCCUGUGGAAGGAAUCGGGCCCACUUUUGUGUCCGCUGUUGAUGGAUUCAGCUUCCAGGCCUUUUCUUACUUAAACUUUACACCGGCACCCUCUGAUCUUUUCUCCUGCGUGGUGACUCAUGAGAUUGACAACUACACGGCAAUUGCCUAUUGGGUGCCCCAUGAUGCGCUGCCCUCUGAUCUUCUGGAGAAUGUGCUGUGUGGUGUAGCCUUUGGCCUGGGUAUGCUGGGCAUCAUUGUUGGCUUAGUCCUCAUCGUGUACUUCCGAAAGCCUUGCUCAUGAUCGAUAGUUCCUGACCAGAAUCUGGUGCCAGCAGGGUCAACCAUGCAUGCAGUGGGAACUCACGUUUCUGGCAUCCUGCCCAGGAUCUCCCUUUCUCAGAGCAGAAGUCCCCAGGACGCCUCUGGGAGUGUAUGCGUGAGGAUGUGUACAAGUUUCUCAGCUGGGGCUCUACUGUCCCUGGACUUGCACCCAGGGGUACCCAGAACAGCUUACUUAUCACAACCACAUUCCUUCCCACUUCAGGGCAAUAAAUCUUAUUUCUUAAUAU